GUUUUGAUGAUAAAGUACUUACUUUUAGUAUGUUUAAUCGCAGCACCUUUUGCCUAAACACCUGAGGCUGUAGUAACUCAUUAUGAUUUGGAAGGAAAUUUGAUUUAGGAAGAGAGUUCAUUGUAAGGAUCUGAAGACAUUGAUAGCAUGAAUUCAAUGAACAUGAAUUAAUAAGAUUUAGAUUCAAGUAGCAUGGAUUUAAUAAGAACUGAUAGUAUGGAUUAUUCUACCCCAGAAACUGAAUCUGUUGAAAGUAGCAAUAUUGAAUCAUCAAUGAAUUAAGAAACAACUGUUAGUAAUAUGAAUAUUGACCCUAAUUCUAUGUAUGAGGAGGAUUCUAUGAUGAUAAACAACAAUAUUGAUAAUUCUAUGCCAGAAUAAGAUUCUAUGUAUAGCACUAGUGAUCCUAAUGAUAUUAGUGCUAUAGAGCCAAGUGAAUAAAAUAUGGAGGAUGCAAUUGAAAGCACUCAAGUUUCUAAUGUAGAAGAAGUAAACUCUGAAGUUAUUCAUGAAACAGAGAAUAAUAAUAUAAUUGCAGAAUCUAAUGAAAUAGAGAAUAAUAAUAUGAUUGCAUAAUCUAAUGAAAUAAAUAAUAUCGAUCCAAAUAAUGUUGAAAUACCAUAAGAUAAUUAAGUUGAUGUUUCUAAUAUUUUGGAAUCAAAUGUUGAAUUUUCAAUUGAUAACAAUAUCUCUAAUUAAAAUGAAGUUGAUCCAAAUAUGGCAUUUGAUGUAAUUACAAAUACAGAAUCUCUACAAUCAUCUCCAGAUAUGGAAAAUGGUUUUGUUUAAAGCGAAGUAAAUGCUGAUAAAGCUUAAGCUAAAAAAAUCUCAGAUACUGAAAAAGUUUAAGGAGAUUAAAAAGAAGAGCAUAAUGAAUAGAAAACAGAAGAAACUUAAUCUUAAAUAUCAAAUAAUAACAAUAAUUAAAGUCAAGAACACUAGACUAUAAUUUAAGAUAAUAAUGAUGCUGCUAGUCAUGAAAAUCUUGAUUCCCUUACAUAAAAUAAUAAUGUUAAUGCUGUAGGACAAGAGAAUGCCAAUAAUAUAGAUGCUGACUAAUAACUUUAAUAAUCAGAGUCUAAAACUAUUUAAUAAUUAGUAUAAGGUGACUGUAUUAUUAUUUAUUCUUAAUGCAAUUUUAAAGGAGAAGCUUUAGAAGCUUGUAAUAGUUUAAGCGAAAUUGAGUAUUCUCAUUAUUUAUUCUAGGGAAUUCAAGGCUUAAAUCAGAUCAAUUUAUAUUCCAGAAGGAUUAGGUUUGACAGUCUAUGAUGGUGAGAACUUCACUGGUAAUAUGCACAAAUUUAAAUCAUCAUAAGAAUGCUUGGCUACCCCAUUAUCAUUUGCACAAUUAAAUAAUCCAGGAAAUUAAUUGAAAGGACAAAAUUUAAGGUCUAGAUAGUGA